AUGACGAACGAAGCAACUCCACUAACAAACAACGAGGCAGGCUCAUCAACACAGCCUCCGCUAAUGUAUCCUAUAACGGGCACGACUGUUCGCGCGCCAUCGUUCUCUGCAGAGCGGCCUGCGCUAUGGUUCGCCCAGCUGGAAUCGCAAUUCAGAAUUCGAUCUGUUUGCAAUGAAGGUGACAUGUUCCACCAUGCAGUAUCAUUGAUCGAUACGCAAUCAGCAGCGGAGGUAGAAGAUAUAAUACUACGUCCUUCUACAUCAACACCGUACACCUCGUUGAAGACGGCCCUAAUCGAGCGCCUUACGAAGUCAAAAGACGCUAAGCUUCUAGAACUUUUAGAUGGUGAGGAAAUUGGUGACCGCACCCCGUCACAAUUUUUUCGACACCUUCGUAGUCUUUGUCCGGACGUUUCAGACAACGUUAUUAAAGCAAGAUGGCAGUCCCAACUUUCACAGCAAACACGCGCUUGCUUAGCAGCACAGCCCGACGCCUCACUAGAAGAUCUCAGUCGCCAAGCUGACAAGAAUGUUCAUACGGUUGCUUUCACAUUGCUUUGCCUAUCAAUAGUUACAAUAAAUGUCGAGACUCGAUAG